AUGGCUCCCUUAACCGAAGUCGGGGCCUUCUUGGGCGGCCUGGAGGGUUUGGGCCAGCAGGUGGGGUCACACUUCCUGCUGCCUCCUGCAGGGGAGCGGCCGCCUCUGUUAGGCGAGCGGCGGGGCGCGUUGGAGCGGGGCGCCCGAGGCGGCGGGCCGGGCUCGGUGGAGCUGGCGCACCUGCAUGGCAUCCUGCGCCGGCGGCAGCUUUACUGCCGCACCGGCUUCCACCUGCAGAUCCUGCCCGACGGCAGCGUGCAGGGCACCCGGCAGGAUCACAGUCUCUUCGGUAUCCUGGAAUUCAUCAGUGUGGCCGUAGGACUGGUCAGUAUCAGAGGUGUGGACAGUGGCCUUUACCUUGGAAUGAAUGACAAAGGAGAGCUCUAUGGAUCAGAGAAAUUGACUUCUGAAUGCAUCUUCAGGGAGCAAUUUGAAGAGAACUGGUACAAUACCUAUUCAUCCAACAUAUAUAAACAUGGAGACACUGGCCGCAGGUAUUUUGUAGCACUUAACAAAGAUGGAACUCCAAGAGAUGGUGCCAGGUCCAAAAGACAUCAGAAAUUCACCCAUUUCUUACCAAGACCAGUGGACCCAGAAAGAGUUCCAGAAUUAUACAAAGACCUACUGAUGUAUACUUGAUCAACGCAGAGCCAGUUAAAUAACACCGAAGAAAAUGUUCAGAACAUUACAGAGUCUGUUUUUCACUGAGAGACUAUAUUUGUGAAGAAUAUCGAGAAUACGGAAUUAACUUGAAGAAAAGCAGGAUGAUUCUUUGUAAGUGGAUUAUAUUUUCUCAGACUCAUUGGCUCAGUCUUACUAGUUGAUUGAAGCUGAAAUCAAUUAAUCUGUGGAUAAUGUGAACCUUGCUGCUGGUGUCUCACCUCUCUGGAUAAUGUUUACUUGGACAGUUACUUUAAGAAGAGAUACUUCAUGUUGAAGAAGUAGAUUGAGGUGACAUAAUUACUGCCUCAUAAAUUCUGAGGACCUUGUAGAAAUCUGCAGGUUAAUAACAUUAUAUAUUAAACAAAACAAAAAAUCAAAAUUCUAGAUGACUUUGAACUACAAAAUAUGCCACACCAAGAUGGAACAGUUCUUUUAGAAGAAUGGACCUAUUUAUACAUUUUUCAAUUUACAAAUAUUUAUUAUAUAUAUUUAUUUAUUAAAGAGUUUAUUUUUACUGGUAUAUGAAGACUAUACAAAAUA